AGUUUUGAAUUCUUGAUUCACUUCGUAUUUCGUAUCAUAUUAUAUUAUUGACUGGACAUGAUAUCAUUGAAAUCAUUUACAAGUCACGAUCGUAACCGACUAGUAUCCUGUGUCGUGAGCGAUUAGUAAUUACAAACUUAGCAAUUUUUUUAGAUUACAGAAAUUUGAAAGAUAGCAGUAAACAGGACGAGUGAACCAUGUGGGGGAUAUUUCUAUAUAUUUUGGAUCUGGUGGGUCUCAGCCCGAUUCCAUUUCUGGCAGAAUUAAUUGGGACUACGGCACCUGCUCUAAAACUACUUAUAUCGAUCCUAAUGGGAUAUCCAAUAGCAAUACUUUAUCAUCACCAUAUCAAAGAUUUCUUCGACUACCGAAACAUAUACUUCAUUGUUUGUGGAGUAGAUAUGGCAUUUUUCAAUUUUGGAAUAUCAAUGUACCAUAAUAUGAUUCCCGCAAUUGUUAUUUACAUGACCACAAAGUUUUUGGGAGCUGGAAAAAUGAAUGCAGUGAUAACAUUUGUAUUUAAUAUGGGCUAUCUUCUUAUUGGUUACAUUGUCACAGAGUCUGAAGAUUAUGAUAUAACAUGGACCAUGCCUCACUGUGUUUUGACAUUGAAACUGAUGGCUCUGUCCUUUGAUUUAUGGGAUGGAAAGAAAAUGAUCAAAGGCGAGACUCUCUCAGAGAACAAUAAGAAGACUGCUUUAUUAAGAGCUCCAUCUUUUGUAGAAUUGAUUGGCUUUGUUUACUUUCCUGCCUGCUUCUUAGUUGGACCUAUAUUUUCGUUCCGGCGAUAUAUUGACUUUGUAAUGGACAAGUUUCCUGUUGAGAAAGAAGCAAAGGUGUAUGAGAAACAGGCAUUAAGGAGAUUGCUUCAGGGUUUGGGGUAUUUGAUUGCUUUUCAAGUGGGAGUUUACGUAUUCAAUGUGAAAUACAUGCUAUCUGAUGAUUUCUGGGAGACUUCGAUCUUCUAUCGGCACUUCUAUUGUGGCAUGUGGGCACACUUUGCUCUCUAUAAGUACAUCUCUUGCUGGCUACUCACUGAAGCGUCUUGCAUCAGAUUCGGGAUGUCUUACAACGGCGUCGAGACCACACCGGAAGGUAAGACGAUCUCCAAAUGGGACGGAUGUAACAACAUCAAGCUAUUGAGAUUCGAGGGGGCCACAAAGUUCCAGCACUACAUCGACAGCUUCAAUUGCAACACGAACCACUUCGCUGCCGAGUACAUUUAUAAACGACUGAAAUUCCUAGGAAACCGCAACCUCAGUCAGUUCUUUACGCUUCUGUUCCUCGCUCUAUGGCACGGAACCAGGUCCGGCUAUUACAUGACCUUCUUCAACGAAUUUCUGAUAAUGCUCAUGGAGAAAGAACUGGAACCAAUUAUUUCUAAAACGGAGCUUUACAACAAACUAUGGUCUCACAAUGUAACCAAGUACAUGCUCUAUGGCUUAUUGAAAAUGUAUACAAUUGUAUUUAUGGGCUGGAGUCUUGCUCCAUUCGAUCUGAAGGCCUUCUCGAAAUGGUGGGGAGUUUACUCGAGUUUAUAUUACUCAGGAUUUGUUCUUUUCUUACCGUGGGCCAUUUUGUAUAAGCCCCUCUUAAAAAUGGCUAUCAAGGCUUCCGGCGUCCGUCGCGUUAGAGCUGAUUAAGAAUAGAUUAAAUUAUCAAUAAUGUUUAACUACAAAUAACGGCAGUAGAUCCCCGUAGAUUAAGGUUCCUUAAACUUUCAGUGGCCGGUUAAUAAAUAACCAGGAUUUUUUUUCUAAUGCAAACAAAGAAUUCAAAAAUAUUUCAUUUUCAUGAUAUCGUGCGCAUUCGAUAACCUUGGCCGGUAGAUAGGUACUUACAGUGGCCAGUCUUACAAGCGGGUUUGUUACCAAAGAGGUUUGAGAUCCAAAAAAUGUUUUAUUAUAAAUAUUCACGUGUUGCUUUUAUGAGAAAUAAAUGAAUAUACAGCGCUUGCUUCAAAACGCUGUACGCAAAUUGUAAUGACAAGCGCUGGUCGUGGGCAUCUUCCGCCUAGACUUCCGAGGAAGCGGCAACGUUUUUUGCCCGAAUUGAUUGACACAAGUUUACUUAUUGACUCAAAUUUACUUAUUUAUUCAAGUUAUAAAUUUAUUUAUUCAAGUCAAAUUUACCACCGACAUGGUACCAGAGCUCGUAGAUGUAACACCAUGUAUUCCGCCAUCUACAUUGAAACGUGAGGUUGCAGUCUUAAGUGCAUUGGAUAAACAGCUUUCGCAAUUAUUUUGUAGUUCUUUCUUUAUGAAUCGAUUUAAUUAGUGUAAUUUGCGGGACAUUAAAUGUAAUUUGACGGACACUAAAAUCAAUCGUUCCAGAAAAGUACAUAUAAUAUUUUUUUCAUUCAAUUACGAUAAUAGACUGUCACCUAACACUCAAAACACCAAUAUUAAUAUAUUCAGUUAAACGAGUUUUCGUAAUAUAGUCAUAUUAAACGUCCUUGACAAUGACAAUAGCUGGCAACAUUUAUUAUUUAUGCCACUUAUGAAAAAUAUUUUAUCAGAUAAAUGUAAAUAAAUAUGCUUUUAGCAUUAAAUUUUUUUCAAUGAUUGUAAUAGUCUCAAUAAUUCUUUAAAGAAGACAAAAACCGGAAGUUUUGGAUGGUCAUAAAAUUAUUUCAAACAAAGUUCGGGAUAUCUGGUCAGUCAGCUAGUCAAUAUGAAUAUUGCACCAUUUCGAAAAGCAACAUUAGUUUUGGUUUAUUUCAUUUAACACAAUAAGCAUGUGGAAAUGUGAAAUGUUAAUAAUUGUCAUUAUACCUCCUACUAGGCUAGUUGUUAUAAAAUAUUGCUAAAGUUUUAAAUUUGUAGAAAAUAGCUCAAGGUUCCGUCACCACCGCGAUUAGUAUGCCCAGUGCGAGUUUUUUAACGUUCUCGAUAGCGUAAAAGUUAACUCAUAUUUGAGUCGUCUAUUAUCAAAGGUGGCAUUCUGUGCAUUUGGACAAAAAAAAUUUAUUGAUAUGUCAAUACAGAUUGAUUUGAAUAUAAUCGUCUCCUUCAAAGAAUACGGUUCAAAACCUGCAUUAAAUAAAGGUUAAUACUUAACCUGUUAUUUAUCUAAGAUGUCGUUCAGAAGAGUUUUGUGGCUGCCAAUGGAAUACAAAGUCAAUAAUUCGUUUUUCUGAUUUACCAAUAAUUGUCCAAAAGUCACAUUGCCGGCUUUGAUACUAGUCGACUCAUUUGUAUGGAAUGGGAUCGUUUGCCUACAUUCACCGCUAGGGGCGCUGUUUCAAGUGCACACUAAAUUGGCUUAACUUUUACGCUAUCGAGAACGUUAAGAAACUCGCACUAAGCACACUGGUUGUCAAAUGCGCACGUAUUCUACUAAAUAAAAUUUAUAUUAAAAUCAUUUCUUAGUGAACAUUGAUACCUAAGCUAGGUAGUAUCUUAGACUCGCAGUGGUUCCUAGGUACUCUUAUAAAGUCUUACAUUAAGUGAACUUAGAUUGACGCACAACUGAGCUACUUUACUAAAGAUGUACAUUGUGCAUGCCACUUUAUUGAUUACGCUCUGUAGGUGCGUGGUUGUCAAGUUUUCCAAUGAUCUUAAGUUAUUAAAGCUUAAAUUGUAAUUAUCUAUGAUAAACGUGCAAUUAAUUUGUAUUACUUGACGUCGUAAUUUGUAAGCGUUAUUCCAAAAUAUUUAGAUCGGACAAGGAAGUAAGUAAUAAAUAUUUGAGACCUUGAAUAUAAGAAGGUACCUACGAUAUGUAAUUAAAAAAUUUCUAAUUUUAAUAUUCACUUAAUCACUUUUAUCCUGCAUUUGGUUGUUAUUAGUCAUCAAAAUAUUUAUUUAUCGGAAAUCAAAUAUAUACAAAUUAUUAUAGGGUGGGUGUAAUAUAUAUGAUUAAGUUACUUUUAAAUUAUUAUCGUAGUAAGACUGAAACUACUGACCGAUAUUGCGAGUUUAAUGAAUGCAUUCAUUUGCAUUUUAUUCUUAGACCACUAACCUAUUUAAUGGGUAUGGUAUUUAAAUGGCAUUUAAAUGAGCCCACACAUUAGGUAUUUGACACUUAAUUACAAAGAUAACAAAAAAGUAACAGGAAUUCCUGAAAGUAUCUGCAGAUUGCUAUAGAUUAUAGAUUACAUAAAACAGGUGACAAAUAUACAAUUGAAAUAAAGUUUUAUUACCUUAAUCUCGGUGUUUAAUGUUAUUCACAAUAAUUGUCUACUCUGUAGUUUAACAUAUUCAUUAAUUGUAAAUAAUAUUACCUGUUUUAAAAAUAAAUAAAAGAGUAUUCGUAUAUUCUCAUAUUGAAACAUUAACAGAAUAAGGAUAUGUUUAGAUGACAGGUAGACGCGGGCCGUGCUUCAUCUUUUGAUCGGCAGACACUUUAUCGCGCUAGAAUUAUUAUUGAUACGUAAUGGAAUAUACUAGAACGGAGAUUGCAACGACAACGCACGCAAUCGGAUGUGCUAAUUUUAAGUUCUUUCAAUUUUAAUUCAGUUUUCAGACUGUAAAUCGAUGCCUCCAAUGAACACUACGCUAACUCCAAAUUCGUAGAUUUACAGGAGGAGCGUUUAAACGAAAAAAGUUGAUAAAAUCUUUAUUAGUGCAGAUAUAUUUAUGGUUUUUUUUUUGUGUAACUAGCUGAUUUACUCUUGCUUCGAUCCCCAUCGAUAAUGAUUAAUUGUAAUACUUUUAACAUAGUGAAGCGAUUUGCGUGAAAAACCAAAAUUUCAAAAUUUUGAGUUAGAGUAGUAUUCAUUGGAGGCAUCGAAAUAAUCUAUUAAAUUAAAAAUUUGGAAAAAAUGUCUCUGCGCAUUGAAAACAUAAAAUAUAUGUAUUUCGAGGGGUGAAAGACUAUUUGGUUUAAGCGACGUUUCGCUUAUUAAAUACGCGACAUUUAUCUUUGUAAAUAAAGGUCGGUUUUAUUUGGUAUUAGUAACGGUAAUUCGAUUUUUUUAAAUUGAACUUCAUUUAAGUUUACACCAUUCAAAUAGCUGAAUAAGUUUUUUGUGAUUAUUUUUUUUUCCAUAUUUUUAACUCUAAACAGCUUUCCUGUAAAGUUGCAAAAAUAUCGCUCAAACUUAAUUGCAUUUCACCCCUCGAUAUGUAUUUUACACGAAUAUGGUUUGCAUAUAAGGUACUAUACUAAAAAGUAUUUAUUUUUGGUCUACUGAGCGGAAGCCUGUUAUUGCCGUCACACUUAUGAUUACAAAGAGCGCGUGUAAAUUAAUUAAAGGCCCCGAAAAGUAUUGUUUGCUGUAUCUACCGUAGAUUUUCAGAAAAUACGAAGGUUCGACGCCUUCUACUACGAAGUGAUCCAUAUUUAAAGAGGUACCCAGUACCUACUAACAUUAAUAUUUUGAUUUUUAUUUGGUAUUAGCUAAUGAUUCUAAAUACGUUUUUUUUUGCUGUAUUGGAACCUAUUCAAAAUUACUUUGAAUGAAAUUUGUAUUGUACGAUUUCUGAAAAUUAUCAUUCGUGUUGACAUACAUAUAAAUAGAACACUUUCUUUCUGUAAAAGUAAUAAGUGUAUUUUAAUAGAUUUAUAUUAGGUAGCUUUAUAACACUAAUGGCGAGUAACAAACAGCUGUUUGUUAUUUUUAAAAUAGUUGAGCUUAUUAUUUUUAAACACUCGACGUUUUCCUACAUUUUUGUUACCUAAUGUGAUUUAUUAUUUAAAAAUUUAUCUUUAUAGUAUACAUUAUUAUAGUAUAUGAUACCAACUAUUAUCUAUAAAUUUAUUCUUACAUUAACAUUAAUUACGUACUUUUGAAGUAAAUAUAAACAUUGAAAUUUAGUAUUAGGAGAUAUGAAGUCCUCUUUAGAAAUUAGGAAUGUAGAUUUCUCGUAUUAUUAUUAAAUAUUAAGCUCAAUGACAUUGACAUAAUGGUAAUGUUAUAAUUUUUUUAUACUUCUUGCGGUUUAUAGGUACUUUUAAUUAAUUAUGUUACAAUAGGAUUACUUUUUGAUGUUAUCAUAGUGACUCUGCGAACGAGUACUUAUUGUACUUGUCGUUCCGAUGUGCUCUUAAUUCAAUUAAUAAAAAUACGUCACGAUUGGAAGAUUACAACAUCCUUCUUCAGGUCACUUUAGUGUGUUAUAUUUAAUGGCUUGUAUCGACCGUAGUAACAAAAUACUUCAUGAAUAAAUAUAAUUAAAAACCUAA